UUUAUUAUUAUUAAUCUUUGUUGACGUUUUGUUUACCUAGAUAUCAUAUUGAUAUGCUUCAAUCAUAACACGCUUGACUGAUUCCAGGAAACGAUUUGAUUGGUAUCAGUUUAUUUUUAUGGACUUUAUUACAAUCACUGGAUAUAAUUUGUUUGUCAUUGUGUGUUUAAAAGUCGUAAUUAAUCGGUCAUCAAAUAGUUUGACCUGAUGUGCCCCCUAGUGACAGCCGAUGUUCCCCCUAGUGCUGAUUGCUAUGCAGGAAUUAAUAUGGCUGAGCGCCAUCAAAGGGAAGAUUACAGUCUCUGGGCAGGGAUACAGGGUUCACCAGCGCCAGACCCAGGACCAGUUAAUCCUUCAGCAGAUUUGUUCAAAUGGAAACACAUGAACCAUCAUCAUGUCAACGAUUUUGGAAAUAUCAAUUCCGAAAUGACAAAUCAUGAGCCACCAGGAGUUUUACGUCAUGGGAGUACUGGUAGUACAGGCAGUUUCCGUAGCAACUCGGGAAGUCUUAGCAGUCCAUCUACACCGACUAAUACCCCAUUAGUUGUACCGCAGCCAGUGAAACCCAAUAAUAUCAACCAUAAACCGGGCAAAACUUAUCAGUGUAAAAUGUGUGACCAGGUAUUUAACACCAAGUCUGACAUGUUGAUACACAGCCAACAGUUACACAGACAAGAGACCAAACCAUACAGAUGUCCACAGUGUCAGAAGUGCUUUGCUAAUUCUUCAUAUCUUUCACAACACAACAGGAUACAUGCUGGCAUCAGACCAUACAAGUGUGAUAUCUGUGAGCGGAAGUUCACCCAGCUUUCUCAUCUACAACAGCACAUAAGAACCCAUACAGGGGAAAAACCAUACAAAUGUAUGAGUCCUGGUUGUGGUAAAGCCUUCUCCCAGCUGUCCAAUCUCCAGUCGCACUCAAGAUCACACAUGACCGAUAAACCGUUCCGUUGUAACAGCUGCUACAAGUGCUUCAACAGUGAGCAAGGUUUGAGAGAACAUAUCCCUAAACAUUCAGAAACUAAACAUUUAAAAACACAUAUUUGUCAUCUGUGUGGAAAGUCUUAUACACAGGAAACUUAUCUUACAAGGCAUAUGGGCAAACAUACCCUAGACAAUAACAAAAUGGGACCCCCACGCUCAAUCAAAACUGAGCCUUCGGAGCAUUCCAUAGAAGCUGAGUUCUGUCGAAUUGCUGAACGCAUCCCGGAUAGGUCUCAAGAAGGAUCAGCACACUGUGGGAAAAUGAAUUCAGCUUUUAUGCCGAUUCCCCAGUUUCCUAGUAAUAUGGUCAGCUCCUCCGGAGGCACUUUUCCAUACGGAAACAACCAUCUAUCCACUAAUCCAUCGUUACCGCAUAUAUCAUCGAUGACCCCACGGAGUUAUAUUGGUCCGUACGAUCAUUUCAGCUUCCGUAAACCUGAUGCUCAAGAAAGAACUUUCAAUUCAUCUAUAAAUCGACAUGAAAACCAGUUACUGGCCAACAGCCUAUUAAGUCUGCAGUCAAUAAAAAAUUAUGCAUCUCAGCAGAUGCCUUCAUUUACAACGACGGGAAGUGCUAGCGCCUCAAGACUAGCAUAAUUUUAUUGUGAUAGACAUUUUUAUUAGUAGUAGUGUUUGAAUGUAUAACUAUAAGAUAGAUAUUGUAAUCUUCGUUCUUUUAAGUAUAUUUUGCUCAUUAGAAUUGGUAUCAUUCAUAAGUGCAUACUUUUUUCUUUCAAUCCAAUUCAAAUUCAAAUUGUGCUUUGCAGAAAAAUUGAAUAAAUAUUUCAAGCUUCAAAAUGGAAAACAUUGAUUUUUUUUUAAACACAAAAAAACUUGAUGGAAAUUUUAAAAAAAAUAUUUUAAAAUUGCAGUUUAUAAUUUUAUUAAAAAAAGAUAUCUAUUUAAUUUUGGUGCAUUUUCAAAAAUAUAAAUGAAACAUUUUGUUUGAUUAUUGGGAAUUUUAAAUUGAGAAAAAAGUACUUAUUUAUGAAUGGAUGUCUUUAAAUAUAUUGUAUAAAUAGUUUUACGAUGUUUAUAUUUAUGCGAAUGCCUGUUGACUCGACAGAUUAUAAAGUUUAUACUAGAUGUAAGUUUUAUUUUCUUCACAGUAGGCUGACAAUUCUAUAUAAGUUGUCUUUUUCUACUGUCUAAAUCAUAUAUGCCACAUUACUUAGUGUUGUUAUAAACUUUCAUAUCACUGGUUACCUGCCCAUUUUUCGUAAUAUGUGCCAUCAUGAGUAUAUAUUGAAGUUACAAUCUAUCAAAAUACCGACCGACCGUGCAAGGGCUGUAUUAUAAGCCAAUCAAGGUCGUUAAAAACUUCAAUUUGUUGAUCUAUAAAAAUGUUAUCAGUAUAAUUUAUCUUUUUUUUAAGCUGAUUAAUAUUUACUUUAUAUGAAAAAUAUUAAAUGAAGUUUUAAAAAGUAAAAAAACUUAGCCUUAUCUUUUAGUUAGAGCUUUUCUAAGCACCUUGCACACAAUAGCAAAUUAUUAUAGGCACCAUACAAAGCAUUUUGAGGGUUAUUUUUAAAAGAUUAGCAUUUGGAAACUUCUUAGUCAUCAGAAUAUAAACUAUAAUAUGUAUCUUGAUAUUACUUCACAGUGUUUUUAGUAAUGUUAAAAUUUUACCAGAAAUCCAGUAUAAUCAUAUUACAAUAUUCUGAAACCAUUAUUUUCACCUAUUACACAGGAUAAUUCAAGAAGACUUCUUGACCUAAACGUUGAACUCUUAUGCCAUUACAAAUAUAUAAAAAAAAAAAAUUAAAGUAUUUUUUAAGGAAAAUAAGUCAUAAGUUCUAAUAAAAAGUUAUAAAAAAUUUAAAGUAGCUUUUAUUCAAUUGUAUAAUUCACAAGUUCAUAAAUCUAUGUGUUCUGUAGAACUUUAAUCAUUAUAGAUAUGUCUACUGUAAAUUUAGUAAUUAUUGCUGUGCUUUUAUUAUUGCGAAAUUGCAAUAAUUUAAACUUUCUUUUUGAA